AUGACAACCGGAUCUAUGCCUCGCCUCCCGGGCAAACUCCAUUUCGUACCCCGGACGAGAAGAGGCUGCUGGGGACCACCCCAAUGCCUCAUGAUCGCCUACCUGGAAAGUCUCGACGACGAGUGGACCGGCCACUAUGACCUGGCGCAGCGCAACUGUGUGCAUUUCAGCGACUGGGUGGCACGGAGGCUGCACCUGGCAGCGUUGCCAGAUGACCUCGUAGGGCAAGCUGCAGAAGUAAUGCAAACGCCCGUGGCACGCCUCGUCCUUGGUACCCUGCACAUGGUGGAGCGGCUGCGAGGUCAUGCAACACGGCUGUGA